GUGCUGGAGUAUUUGUUACUACAGUAGUGGCAGGAGGAAUAACAUUGGUGAAGCCAUUUACAGCUGCAUCUCGGCCCUUUCUAAGGGACAUCGUGUUUUAUAUGGCUGCCAUAUUUCUCACUUUUUAUGUGUUGUACAAAGGCUCUGUAUGCUUGGCAGAAGUCUUAGUGUAUUUGCUACUAUAUCUAGCUUAUGUCUUGGUGGUGGUUCUCUCCACAUGGAUUUACCAGCGGAAUCGACAAAGACUCUUGUCUGUCCCAAGCUUGGAGGAGCCAGAGCUUCUAACGGAAUCUGAAGAUGUUGGUGUGCCCACCCCACAAAGCUCUGAAUUUGGUGAUGAAUAUCAGCCCCUUCUCCCCAUGCAACAAAGCACUUGUCAGAUCUUCUUUCAGGGUCUGAAUCCAGUCAAUUCAAGGAAAUGGAGACAGAAGCCUUGGCACUGGAGGGUCUUCAAAGUAGUCAAGGUUCCAUUGGAGAUUCUACUGCUUCUUACUGUUCCGGUGGUGGACCCAGACAAAGAAGACAAGAACUGGCAGAGACCCCUGAACUGCCUGCACCUUAUAACUAGCCCCCUUCUCUGUUUAUUCUCCUUAAAUUCUGGAUCUUAUGGACUAUACCUUAUUCAGGGGGUGUUCCCGAUCUGGGCUGUUAUACUGCUGUGUGGGACUCCGCUCUCAGUCAUUGUGUUCUUUACCACCAAGAACGAGGAGCCCCCAAAAUAUCACUGUCUCUACUCUUUCCUGGGGUUCGUGGUGAGUGCUCUUUGGAUAAGUGCUUCUGCCACAGAGGUUGUCAGCCUGUUACGCACUUUUGGAGUUAUCUUCCGUCUUAGUAACACAGUGCUGGGAUUGACCCUGCUCGCCUGGGGAAAUAGCAUUGGGGAUUUUGUGUCCGAUCUCACACUGGCCCGCCAGGGAUACCCUCGUAUGGCAUUUUCUGCUUGUUUUGGGGGCAUUAUAUUUAAUGUGUUGAUUGGAGUGGGACUUGGGUGCCUGCUGCAGAUGGGACCUGGUCAAACAGUGUUACAGCUGGAGCCUCAAGGUCUUCUAGGGUGGAUCUUGGCUGGUAGCCUUGGGAUCAGCCUGGUCUUCUCCCUAAUAAGUGUGACUGCCCAAUGUUUCCAUCUACGUUGUGGAUAUGGUGUAGCAUUGUUCUUCCUCUAUGUGCUGUUUCUAACUGUGGCCCUACUAACUGAAUUUGGGGUCAUUAGAUUGCCAGCAAACUGACACAAAGGGAAUCUAUUGGACAUUGCAUUCAGUAUUUUUUAAAAAAAAGAAAAACAUUUUCUUAAUUGUUACUUCCUACAAAGAGAGGGGAAGCAAUGUUAAAAAAAAUCUUUUAACCUAAAAGUUUGUAAGCCAUAAACAUUUUAAGCUGCUUGAUUUUAAUAAUAAAAAAUCAUGCUUUUUUUUUA